UGAUAAUUACAGAAAGAAACAUGGCAUAUAAUCGGUGUACAACUGCCGAUCUGUGACGAUGAGAGUCCGCGCAGUAACGCGCUAAGUGACGCAGUAGCUGCUGGCUACGUGGCGCAGCUGACGACGCUAGCAGCUGCUGUGCUCGGGCAGCCGCUGCGCUAUAAGAUCAUACUGCUGGGCUCCGCUAGUAAAAUACUAGAUAUCAUGCCUGAUCUACCAGAUCCUAAUAUCCCGUUGUUUGCUAGAGGCGGUGACGUCACGUUAUUCCGCUACGGCAUGUUCUUGCUGAACAAGUGCAUAGCUCAGCUGUUGUGGGGCAGAGGCCUGUCAGUCACCGACAUGAGGCCGACACUCAGCAACCUGCAGCGAUUGCUGAUCACACCGAGUAAUCUAUCGGACACAUCUAAGUUAUUCGGUACAUAUCGCUGGUUGGCGGACAGCGAGUGUCCUCGGACGCAGUCAUUAAGGAGUCUGGUCGCCUCAGAAAGAGGGAAAUAUCGACCUUUCAAUCGUUUCAAGGUCAGUUGUCUAUUUGUGUGA